AUGGCCUCCAAGCUCGGACAAAGUCUCCUGACCAACGCUACCCAAAAGUCAAACGCAAGAACUGCUAGAAUCUCCAGCUGGGACCAAUCUGGCCAUAACGAAGAUGCCUUUGUUGUUAUGCCUGGUGAAACUGCUGUCCUAGCUGAUUUGGAGGGACCAGGUGCCAUCACUCAUUUGUGGUUCGUCCAGACCUGCCGACGUGUUCGUGGACCCGGUUUAAUUGAUCCAACAAAAGCUGGUGUAGCCAUGAUGGAGGUUCACAAUGCCCUUGGCUUGAACUGGGAAGUCAAUGAUCCUGACUACUACCGCAAGGUCAUUAUUCGCAUGUACUGGGAUGACCAGGAAACCCCUAGUGUUAUUGCUCCCCUUGGUGACUUCUUCUGUGUCGGUCACUCCAUGGCAGCCAACUUUGACUCUCUUCCUUUCACCGUCUCUGUCAAGGAUUCCGAACGACUCAAGUAUGGUGGUGGUGCCGCCUUCAACUGCUACUUGUCUAUGCCUUUCAACAAGCGUGCUAGGAUCGAGGUUGAAAAUCAAAACGAUGUUGCUUACAUGCAGUACUACUACAUCGACUAUGAGCUUUACGCUGAGCCUCUUCCCAAGGACACUCUCUACUUCCACGCCUACUGGCACCGAGAGAACACCACUGAGGGAUGGGGACCUGAUCUUCAAGUCAACAGUUUGGAAACACAAGUACCCAACUUGGAUGGUAAAGAAAACUACGUUAUUCUUGAGACGGAGGGUGCUGGUAACUACAUUGGAUGCAAUCAUUCUGUCGCUCAUUUCCAAGAAACUUGGUGGGGUGAAGGUGACGAUAUGAUCUUCAUUGAUGAUGAUGUAUGGCCACCAAGUCUCCAUGGUACUGGUGGUGAGGAUUACUUCUCGCAAGGUUGGGGUAUGCAGAAGAAUGCUUUCGCAUUCGCCGGUACUAUUAUUCACGAAGAAGACGUUCCUGGAUACCAAGUAAGCUACCGCUGGCAUUUGGCCGACCCUGUUCGCUUCUCCAAGAAAAUUAAGGUUACCCUCGAACAUGGCCAUGGCAACCAUCUCACUGAGGACUGGGCCUCCACCGCCUACUGGUACCAGACCUUGCCCACUCCCAAGUUUAAGAUCUUGCCAGUCGAACAACGUAUUCCUCGUAAGCCCACCAUGCCAACCGACGGGUUGUUCAAGCCCACUGUAAGCAAGCUCAAUGAGCAACAGCAAGAAAUGCACAAGAAACAGGAAGAGAGAAUGGAGGAGUUCAUGAAGAAGCGUAAUGAAUGGCUUACACGACGUGCAGAGGAUUCUCGACAGCGUGCAAUCGCCAAUGUCGAAUUUGCCAAGAAGAUUCGCAAAGAUUUCCUUGAAAAGCAAGGCAAAUAA